AUGGGUGUCAAGGAGAACGCACUGUGUGAAUGGCCCUUCGCUGGCUUCGCAUUUAACAUACGCGUUUUCUGCGACAUCGCCACGGCUCUGUAUGAGCGCCCCCUGCUUCCUCGAGAGCGAUUUGAGCUCGAUUUUGGGUUUGUGGCGUGGUCUCAGAAGUACAAUCUUCUUGAAUGGCAUUUGUCGAACAUACGUGAGGACAAGGUCGACAGAUCGCUUAGUAGCAGCUUCAAUUGGCUCCUGCAAAUGCUGAGGAUCCCGUGGGAGACUGAUGAGGUCGAGCUGCAGGCCUCAGGGUAA